AUGCCAAGAUCAAUCAGAGGGCCACAGUUUGAGGAACAUCAUGGACGUAGAAACUUGGAAAAUAGGCUGAAUGCGCCUAGUUCUUUGGAAGAAACUCAGGAAACUCCAGUGAAAACGAAGAAACUUUUUGUGACAGGGCUAUCAUUUUACACAUAUGAGAAAACCUUACGUGCUUCAUUUGAAGGCUUUGGUGAGCUUGUUGAAGUUAAAGUCAUCAUAGAUAAAAUUUCAAAAAGGUCCAAGGGUUAUGCAUUUAUUGAAUAUGCCACAGAAGAGGCUGCAAGUGCAACACUCAAAGAGAUGAACGACAAGAUUAUUAAUGGCUGGAUGAUAGUGGUGAUGUUGCUAAGACUACCCCGCCAAGAUACAACAAAGGUCGCGCCAGACCAUCUGCAUGAUAAGAAAACAAAGUCUGUAAGGGAAAGACAACAAUGCAGGCAGGUAUGUUACGCUGCCAUAAUAUUCUCAGGAGAAGUUUCCGGUAGUUAUUACUACAUAUGCUCCAGGGAAGCGAACAUAUUUGCCAGAUUUUCUACUGGUUGUGUGAGAUUAAGCAUGCUGCAAUGGACAGACUAA